UUUAUUUUAUUUUGUCUCUAAAGUUUCUUUUGAAGCAUUUAAUUGAAGAGAAAUUAUGGGUCACUUGUGGACUUUGAUCACUAGUCUUCAUACUCUUGCUGGGCCUGUGAUGAUGUUGAUCUAUCCUCUGUAUGCAUCAAUAGUAGCUAUAGAGAGUACAUCUAAAUUGGAUGAUGAACAAUGGCUUGCUUAUUGGAUUCUAUAUUCUUUUCUUACACUUGUGGAGAUGCUUUUUCAACCCAUUCUUAAUUGGAUACCAAUAUGGUAUGAUGUGAAGUUGAUUGUUGUGGCAUGGUUAGUUUUACCCCAAUUUAGAGGAGCUACUUUUAUAUAUGAGACUUAUGUUAGAGAAAAAUUAAUGAAGAAAUAUGGAGAUCAAGGAAUGUCAAAAAAGAAAUCUGUUCACUUCAUGACUCAAAAGAAGGGGGAGGAUGAAGCUUACUGAAGGAAAAUACAAGAAAUGCUGACCAUUACUCGGUGCACAACUCUAACCGCUUUGAUCAAGGCAGAUUCAAGAUCUAAAAAUUAUGAGUUAACUAAAGUUUAUUAUACAUACAUAUUCGGUGAAUUUUCAACAAAUAUACAGAGUUUUCAUCAUACUUUCCAUACUAUUAUGACCAGUGUAUAACUAAUUAUAGCUUUUGGAUCCAGUAUAUCUUAUAAAUUAUGGUAGAAUUUCAAACUCGUUCAUUGCUUGGGAACUUA